AUGAAUUUAAAAGGACGUCAAUUUUUGACAUUAUUUGAUUUCUCACCUGAAGAAAUUAAAUAUUUAUUAGAGCUUUCAGCCGAACUAAAAAAAGAUAAAAAGUCUGGAAAUAUCAAGCCAAGAUUAAAGGGAAAAAGGGUUGUUUUAGUUUUUGAGAAAGACUCUACUCGUACCCGUAUCAGUUUUGAAACAGCUGUACAUGAUCAAGGUGGAACAACUGUUUACCUAGGGUCUUCUGGAAGCCAAGUAGGUAAGAAGGAAUCUAUUGCAGACACUGCGCGUGUUCUUGGCAGAAUUUUUGAUGGUAUUGCAUUCCGUGGUUUUGAGCAAAAAUCUGUAGAAGAUUUAGCUAAGCAUUCUGGAGUAAUUGUAUGGAAUGCUUUAACUGACACUUAUCAUCCAACUCAAAUUUUAGCUGAUUUCUUAACAAUUCAAGAACAUUCAACUAAACCAUUAUCAGAAGUCAAGUUCUGUUUCCUAGGUGAUGCAAAAAACAACAUGGGUAAUUCAUUAAUGAUUGGAGCAGCAAAACUAGGAAUGGACAUAAGACUAUGUGCUCCAAAGGAAUGUUACCCUAAUAGUGAUAUUGUUGAAAGAGCAAGAAAAGUUGCUGAGGAAACUGGUGCAAAAAUUACCAUCACAUCUGAUGUUAAAGAAGCUGUUGAAGGGGUUGAUUUUAUUUACACAGAUGUUUGGGUAUCAAUGGGUGAGCCUGACUCAGUUUGGGAAGAGAGAAUUAAGUUAUUAAGACCUUACCAAGUCAAUUCAGAUGUAUUAAAGCUAUCUGGCAAUCCUAAUGUCAAAUUCUUACAUUGUCUACCAGCUUUCCAUGACACAAACACUGUUGUUGGCAAGCAAAUAUAUGAAAAGUAUGGAUUGAAUGGACUAGAAGUUACAGAUGAAGUAUUUGAAUCUGAAGCAUCUAUUGUUUUUGAUGAAGCUGAAAACAGGAAAUAUUCUAUUGAAGCCAUAAUGGUAGCUACAUUAGGUGACUAUAAUCCAGAAUAUCCAAUCCUUAAAAAGUAA